CCUCCUCCUCCGCUCACAUCUCUUCCAGCCUUCACACUUCAGUGAGGAGGACUAUGGAAGAUGAUCAUUGAUGUUUGAUAUUUCUAUGAAUUAAAAUACAUCCGGAGUUCCGCGGGUCUAUGCCAGACACUUCUAUUCAACGCAAUGAUGGGUCCAUGGAAAACUCUCCUCUACAUUGCAGUCACUGCCUGCCUAUUGAAGGUGUCCCUCCAAGGGGAGCCCCAGCGGAGGCUGUACAGGGAUCUUAUGGCCGACUACAACCCACUAGAAAGGCCAGUGUUCAAUGACACCCUCCUCACCGUCAACUUCAGCUUUAGUUUGAUGCAGAUCAUGGACGUGGAUGAGAAGAACCAGGUUUUAACAACCAACAUAUGGUUGCAGCUGUACUGGAAUGAUUAUUACCUGCAGUGGAAUCAGUCUGAAUACCCUGGGGUGACCAAUGUGAGAUUCCCUGAUAGCCAAAUCUGGAAGCCAGACAUCCUGUUGUAUAACAGUGCUGAUGAGAGUUUUGAUGCUACCUUCCAUACCAAUGUGUUGGUCAACUCCUCUGGGUCCUGCUCCUACUUGCCUCCAGGCAUAUUCAAGAGCACCUGCUACAUCGAUGUGCGCUGGUUCCCCUUUGAUCUCCAGAGGUGUGACCUGAAGUUUGGCUCCUGGACCUAUGGAGGCUGGUCUCUGGACCUACAGAUGAUGGAGGCAGAUAUCACAGGUUACAUCCCCAACGGAGAGUGGGACCUAGUGGAGGUGCCCGGGCGCAGGAACGAGCGCUUCUACGACUGCUGUAAGGAGCCUUACCCUGACGUAACCUUUACUGUGGUGAUGCGUAGACGUACCCUCUACUAUGGCCUCAACCUCCUCAUCCCCUGUGUUCUCAUCUCCACCUUGGCCCUACUCGUCUUCCUGCUGCCUGCUGACUCUGGGGAGAAGAUAUCACUGGGGAUAACAGUGCUGCUCUCACUGACCGUCUUCAUGUUGCUGGUUGCAGAGAUCAUGCCUGCAACCUCUGACUCAGUACCUUUAAUCGCUCAGUACUUUGCCACCACCAUGGUCAUUGUGGGUCUCUCUGUGAUUGCUACGGUUCUGGUCUUACAAUACCACCAUCACGAUCCCGAUGGAAGCAAGAUGCCUAAGUGGACUCGGGUGAUCCUGCUCAACUGGUGCGCCUGGUUCCUGCGUAUGAAGCGGCCCGGUGAGGACCGUGUACGCCCGGCCUGCCACAACAAGCAUCCCCGUGGGAGCCUCACCAGCAUGGACCUGAAUGCCGCGCCUCGGCCCCGCACUCCACCCAACGGCAACAUGCUGUACAUCGGCCUGGAGAGCAUGCACUAUGCUCCAGCCCACCUCCCCGACUCCGGGGUCCUGUGUGGCCGUCUGGUGUGUUGGGGGAGGGACGAGGUGCUCUUGCCCACGCGGCCCACCUCCUCGGCGGGGAGCCUGGAGCCCGAUCUGGCCAAGAUCCUGGAUGAGGUGCGCUACAUCGCCGAGCGUUUCGACCAUGACGAGGAUGAGUUGGUGUGCAACGAGUGGAAGUUUGCGGCGUCAGUGAUCGACCUCUGUCUCAUGGCCUUCUCGCUCUUCACCAUCCUCUGCACGAUCGGUAUCCUCAUGUCGGCACCUAACUUUGUGGAAGCCAUUUCCAAAGACUUCUUUUACCUAAGAGCUUGA